AGUCCUCAGUAAGCUCAAGCACCAAGCUCGACUGCUCAAGCAGGAAUCCACCAGCCAAUCACCCAGCACUCAGCCGGCAGCCAUGGACAUGGGCCUUGAGGUCUCGAGCUCCUCCCCGUCCUCCUCGUCGGCGUCGUCCUCGCCCGAGCACGCGGCGGGGCGGGCGUCGCUGGCCAAGCGCCCCGCGGGGCGCACCAAGUUCCGGGAGACGCGGCACCCGGUGUACCGCGGCGUGCGGCGCCGGGGCAACGCCGAGCGGUGGGUCUGCGAGGUGCGCGUCCCCGGCAAGCGCGGCGCGAGGCUCUGGCUCGGGACGUACGCCACGGCUGAGAUCGCAGCGCGCGGGAACGACGCCGCCAUGCUCGCCCUGGGCGGCCGCUCCGCCGCGUGCCUCAACUUCGCGGACUCCGCGUGGCUGCUCGCCGUGCCGCCCGCACUCGCCGACCUCGGCGACGUCCGGCGCGCGGCGGUCGAGGCCGUCGCUGAUUUCCAGAGACGAGAGGCUGCCAACGGCUCCCUCACAGUCACCGCCACCGUCACCGAAGAGGCCUCCUGUGGCGCUCCUGAAGAAUCGUCGUCUGAGUCUGACAGUGUCGGUUCGUCGGAGACGUCGGAACCUUCUGCCGAUGGAGAGUUCGAGGUGCCGGUCGCGGUGGACACCGAUAUGUUCAGGCUUGACUUGUUCCCGGAACUGGACCUGUGCUCGUACUACGCGAGCCUCGCGGAGGCGCUGCUCCUGGACCCGCCGGCACCGGUGACCACCACCUACGCGUACUGGGACAACGGCGACGGCGGAGCUGAUGUCGCGCUCUGGAGCUACUAGCUAGUACAGUCGAUAAUUCCCCUCGCAAAAAAAUAAAUAGUAGUGCCGAUAAUUCCCAGCUCUGUAGCUAUUUUUCCCCUGUUACAAAGUUUUCCCCUUGUGGGAAAAGACUAUGUACGUAGUACUCCUAGCUAAUAAGGUGAAGCUGCUCCUAAUUCAAUACUUAACUGUGAAACGGUUUUACUCGUAUAAAAUCUUUUGCCA